GGCGCCGAGCGCAGGGCAAGUUCGCGCCGGCAGCAUGGGGCGGUGACACCGCACCGGCCUGCCGAGCCCGGCGCAGGGAGAGCGGGCGGCGGAGAAGCAGGAUGAGCCCUCGCCGACGGCUCGCCAGCCGGGGCCCGCGCGCAGGCUUCAAGAUCAAGUUGGAGGAAAGAACAGUUUUUCUUCCAAAUUCGUCUGCUUCAACUAUCAUUCAUACUGGGAAUGGACAAUGGAAUGUUCUCUAGAUUUAUCAUGACCAAAACCCUCCUCGUCUUCUGUAUUUCCAUGACCUUAUCCAGUCACUUUGGCUUCUCACAAAUGCCAACUGGUUCUGUACGAGACGAGACCAAUGACAACAUCACAAUAUUCACCAGGAUUUUGGAUGGGCUUUUGGAUGGCUACGACAACAGACUUCGGCCUGGGCUGGGAGAGCGAAUCACGCAGGUGCGGACUGACAUCUAUGUUACCAGCUUUGGCCCAGUGUCUGAUACGGAAAUGGAGUAUACCAUAGAUGUGUUUUUCCGACAAAGCUGGAAAGAUGAAAGGCUGCGGUUUAAGGGGCCCAUGCAACGGCUGCCUCUCAACAACCUCCUUGCCAGCAAGAUCUGGACCCCAGACACAUUUUUCCACAACGGGAAGAAGUCCAUCGCACACAACAUGACUACACCCAACAAGCUGCUGAGGCUGGAAGAUGAUGGCACGCUACUCUACACCAUGCGCCUGACUAUCUCUGCCGAGUGCCCAAUGCAGCUUGAGGACUUCCCGAUGGAUGCCCAUGCUUGUCCGCUGAAAUUUGGCAGUUAUGCUUACCCCAAUUCUGAAGUUGUCUAUGUUUGGACCAAUGGCUCCACCAAGUCUGUGGUUGUAGCAGAAGACGGCUCCAGACUCAACCAGUACCACCUCAUGGGGCAGACCGUAGGCACCGAGAAUAUUAGCACCAGCACUGGUGAGUACACAAUCAUGACUGCCCAUUUCCACCUGAAGAGGAAGAUCGGGUACUUCGUCAUCCAGACCUACCUUCCCUGCAUCAUGACAGUCAUCUUAUCCCAGGUGUCCUUUUGGCUAAACCGAGAAUCUGUCCCAGCUAGGACUGUCUUCGGAGUGACCACAGUGCUGACCAUGACAACACUCAGCAUCAGUGCCCGGAACUCUCUGCCCAAAGUGGCCUACGCCACAGCCAUGGACUGGUUCAUUGCCGUCUGCUAUGCGUUUGUCUUCUCUGCUCUAAUUGAAUUUGCCACUGUCAACUACUUCACAAAGAGAGGAUGGGCCUGGGAUGGCAAGAAGGCCCUAGAAGCUGCUAAAAUUAAGAAAAAGGAACGUGAACUCAAACUCAACAAGUCAACAAAUGCUUUUACAACUGGGAAGUUGACUCACCCUCCAAACAUCCCAAAGGAACAGCUGCCAGGAGGGAGCGGCGGGAAUGCACCCUCAGCCUCCGCGAAACCUUCUGAAGAGAAGACAGCAGAGAGUAAAAAGACGUACAACAGCAUCAGCAAAAUCGACAAAAUGUCCCGGAUUGUGUUCCCUGUCCUGUUUGGCACUUUCAACUUGGUUUACUGGGCAACAUAUUUGAAUAGAGAGCCCGUGAUCAAAGGGGCCGCCUCUCCAAAGUGAGCUAGGGAAAACUCAAGCUUCCAGGAAACUACACUCCCAGAGAAAUGGAACCGAGGAGAGCCCAAGCUCACAGGGACUGGCUGGGCACUGUCUUUCAGGAAAUCUUGCAUGUUUAAUAAUAUGUACAAAUAAUAUUGCCUUGAUGUUUCUACAUGUAACUUCAGAUGUUUCAAAGAUGCCCCCUUAAUAAAUAAAGCGAACAACCUUCUAGAAAAACAGGAGGCGAUGACUGAAACUCAGAUGCUCAGUACCCUAACAUCAAUAGUUUACAAACAAGAUAAGUAUAUUUUUAACUGUUCCAAGUAUAUGAUGCUUUUCUACUUCGAAUGCCAUUUCAUACCGUUUUUCCCAGCUGACAAAGCAUUUUAAGGAAUAUUCCAGUGAUGACCACUUGACAGCUGCAAAGAGCAAAGACCAUGGGGGAGG